GAAAUUUAAACGGUACUUCAUUGAAAGGCGUGAGUUCAGUAAGCAUGCGAUUUGUUUUUUUGGAUUUUUAUGAAGCGAAUUGUGGUACAUGAUGGGCGUGUGUAUGGUUAUGCAUUCCCAUAGAGAUUUGAAUGGGAGCGGAGUUUUGUAGCUUCAUCGGAAUCUUUAUAUUAAUUCAUUUGCGAAUAAUGCCAAUAUUCUGAUUUAUGUACAAGUAUUUAUAUUUUUUCUUACUUUAUAGUAUAUACAUACAUACAUUUAUUAAUUAUUUUGUAAUAUAAUUAAAAGUGUUGUGUUUGUGCAAGCCUAAUUGAUUUCAUAUAAAAUAAAAAACACAAAAAAAAAACAACUUCGUAAUAAUAUCAAUCGGAAUCGAACGGCAUACUAAGUACGAUUUUAACCAACGACCACACAGCACCAUUCACGGCAGGUUCCCGCUUAGAGAGAGACAGAACGAAAACAAAACAUUCCGAUACAGUUCCCACGGGAUGAUGACUGUAGUAAGAGAGAGACAGCUAUAUAUUCUGAGUUCGCCUUCAAAACAGGAUGAAUGGUACUGAUGGGACAAAUUUAAAUAAUGCCCUAUUUCGUCGGACGUCAGUUGAUUGCGAACCGUCGUCCGGUGAACAUAUAGGAAAAAUGCAGUGCAGUGAGGACGAUGACUCCCAAAGCGGGUUCAAUUCAGAACCGACCCAAGUUCUAUCUAAGGCUGAAUUAAGAAAGACGAACAAACCUAUAAUGGAAAAGAAGAGGCGAGCGCGCAUUAAUAACUGUCUCAACGAAUUAAAAGAUCUCUUGAUGGAUGCUAUGGAUAAAGACCCAGCUCGGCACUCGAAACUGGAAAAGGCCGACAUCCUGGAGCUGACCGUUAAACACCUCCAGACCCUCCAGCGUCAGCAGCUAGCUGCAGCGAUCGCUGCGGACCCCGCCGUCCUACACCGAUUCAAGGCCGGCUUCGGAGACUGUGCCGGGGAAGUCCGAAGAUACCUCUCCAGACUCGCCAGUGUACCCACCGGACUUCGCUACAGACUUGGAAACCAUCUCAACACCUGUCUAUCAGGGAUAGAACGAUUACACUCCACUGACUACCCACCACUGAUACCGGACCCUUUGAGACUAGACGACGAAAGGCCGAGUGCGUUCCAUUACGUAAGAUCGACUAAGCCGACCAGCCCGCCCUUGAGUCCCUUGUCCUGUGAUUCCGCGUGUGAUUCUUCUACGGAACUCGAGACUCCGCCGCGACCCGUACAGAAAUACCCCUUCCCGACACCUCCCAGCCAUUCCGCAUCGGAUCAAGAUUCUAGUCCAGAACAAAAACCUACCGUAUCCUCCACAACGAUAUCACCAGACACAUUGAAACAAGAUGUCCUGAGGAACAAAACAGUGAUGGAACCGCUAUCAAUUGUUAUCGAUGUCGAGAAUUACAGAAUAGGAAUCGACGCGUCACCAAAGAGAGCGGUCGAUUAUUCGAUACGUCACAAGCUAAAACGACAUUCAGAUGCCAAAGGACCAAUGCCAAAGCUGAUGAAACUUGACGGGGAGAGGAAGGAAAAGCAAUUCUUAGAUAGAUUGCAAGCGCCUGAAGUCAAGACUGAACGUUCCGCCUUUGUGCAGUUACCAGACAAGGUGAUCCCUGAAAGAAAGUUGACUAUACCCGAAGGUAUACCAGCUGCGAGGGAAAAGUCCUCAGAAAUGAAAGCCAACGUGCCCAGAACAGUCAUAAGCCACACAGCGGCGUCACUGGCACAGUCGAGUCUUCAAAAUAUUAAGACUGAAGAUAAAGACAGUCCUAAAUCACCAAAACAAGGAACCAGUUCAGAAAUGUGGAGACCCUGGUGAUAACUACUUGUUGGGAGAGUCUUCCAAAGUAUUUAUUUGGUUGAAUUUUUAAACGGUUAUUUUUUAUAACAAUCGUUUUCAGAGAAUGUUAUCGAUUUGUACUUGGAAGUACGAUAAUUAUUUUUACUAUAAGAAUAUGUGACAAAGAUGAAAGCUUUAAGUAUUUACCCGAGUGG